CAAAAUCUGAUUCUCAGUGCUUCGUGACGUCGUAUAAGUAUUCAGUCAAGGCAACCAAUUCAAUGUUGUUUCCAACCAUCACCUUCCGCAAUGUCUUCUGAUCCCUUUCAAGACGCUCAAUCGCCCACGAGAAGGACCGCGAAAAAGAACGCUAUCGACGGCUUGGAAAGCAGACGUGCUCGCGGAGAGAUUGCUUGCGCUGAGUGCCGGCGGCUCAAGCUCAAGUGUGAUAGAAGAGUCCCUUGUAGUUCAUGCGUGCGUCGAGGCUGUCCAUCGAUAUGUCCCAAUGGGAGCUUAGCAUCUGGUCAAGGCACUCGUUAUGUUCUGGCCGAUACUUCCCAACUUCAUGCAAAAAUCAACGAAAUGGGACAGCGAAUCCGCCAACUAGAAGAUGCCUUAGCCAUAUCUCAAUCGAGUUUAUCCAAUGAACCACACCCUCUUCUACGCGAAGAAAUGUUGUCCAUAAAGUUUGGCCCUGAGCGCCAUGCCACGGCGUCGAUAAAUCACUCUCAAAAAGUCUCAGAAUCGUUGAACGUGCCAGGAACACUCACAUUUGGUGAACAUGGAGAAGCGAAGUAUUUCGGACGCUCUGCUGGAGCUGAGGCUUUAUUGCUAACUGGUGCUGAUAUUGAUGAUGACCUCCCGGAAGAAGACCCGUCACAGUCACCUCACAGAGAAAUCAUGCACUUAUCCUCGCUCUUUCCUCUGAGUUUUCCUUCGGAAGAUGGUCCGGAACGGAGUCUGAAGUUGCUCUACAGUCACCUUCCUCAGCGGCCCCGUGCAUGGUCUCUCUGUGAGACGUACCUGGAACAUGUUUCGUGGCAAUCCUCUCCUAUCCGCCGCUCAGAAAUCGUUCACGAUGUCCUCACACCUAUAUACCGAAAUCUCGAACAAGCCCAAAUCUCGGACGAAUUUUACACUGCGAUUUCUCCUCACAAGCUCGCUGUAUUGUUCAUCAUAUUCUCGUUGGGAGCGCUGGCUGACCUGACCCUAGAGCCCUUCAGUAUCGAGGCCGAGAAUUAUUUUCAACUUGGUCGUGCGGCUUUGACCCUCCAUCCCCUUUUCGACUCCCAGGAAUUAUCGACUGUUCAAGCUAUCAUUCUGAUGGCUAACUAUCACAAUAUGGCAGGUCGGAGAUACACCAUGGACAGUGGGUGGUGUAUCAAUUCUCUGGGAUCGAAACUAGCACAAAGUAUCGGACUUCACCGGGAUAGCGCACGGUGGAACCUCGAUACAACAAUUGUUCAGCGAAGGCGAUCUCUUUUCUAUGAGGUAUUUUGCGUCGAAAUGGUCCACUCCCUCGCGUUAGGACGCCCUCCCGGUAUAAGGAUGUCCUACGUCGACUGCGAAUUCCCAACAGACGAGGAAGUUCCGGUGGAUCAGGACGGAAAACCGCUGGUCGGAUUCUAUCAGUGGAAAUACGAAUUUUGCCGGGAUAUCUUGAGUCAAGUGAUUGAACUCACGCUUACCGCUGAACCACCCAACUAUCAAACUGUACUUGACUUAGACCGCAAAGUCAGAGAGAAAACACUCCCUUCACACCUCAACAUGUUCAUGAAUCCUGGGGACGAGCAUUGCACCCCAAGUACAUACAUGCGUGGGUGUCUCCUUGGACAAUUCCGCGCAUACACGUUGCUCUACAUACAUCGAAGUUUCUUCGCUCAAGCGAUGCUGGAUCAUCCUCUCAAUCCCCUUCGUAGUCCUUACGCUCCAUCCUUCCUCGCGGCGUAUCGUUGUGCUUCAGGGAUAAUCAAAUCUUCUCAGCAGCACUAUGAAAGAUUUCCCGCUCUUUGUGCUCGCUGGUGGAUGGUCUGGACGCAUUUGUUUUCUGCCGCGAUAAUUGUGGGAACUAUUGUCACCCAUUCACCUUCGUCGACUAUGACACCAAAUGCGUACGCAGAGCUUAGCCUCGCGUGUACUCUGUUCGAGAAAGCGAAUCACUCACGCCGUGCGCGGAGUGCGAUGCAAAUAUUGACCAAGUUGCGAGACAAGGCAACUCAGAUAUACUCUCAAUUUAGAAGUGGAAACCCCUUACCGUUGACAUUAAACUCGGUUGGUCACGACUAUGGCGAUGACGAGUUGGCGCUUUUCGGGGGACAGACGAAAGUAGUGUUCAGCAAGUUAUUGGCUUCGCAAUCGAAACGGCGUAAAAAGCCCACUGCUUCGACGGCUUCUUCACCGUCUGGAGAUAUCGAUCUACCAGCCGCAGAGAGCGAAACUUCGAACUCCCCUGGGCUUCCUGAAGCAUUGCAAGAAGUUCACCCUUCAUUGCUUGAAUGGUUUUCACUGUUACCUCCAUCGCAGCAACCCCAUGCCUUCCAACCGGUGGCGCAACCUUCGAUGCCAUCUUUCUUUUCGCAGCCUACAGAUUUUCCAACCAAUCUCAGCUACAAUGGACAAGAGAGUCAGAAUCCAAACUAUGCUGGAGUUAUGUCCCCAGACCAAAGUUAUGAGACACUACAAGACAAUGACAUGGACUUGGGGAUGGUAAUGUCUGGGAAUGCGGGGAUUGAUGAACAAUGGAAGUCACUUAUGCGAAAUUCCGGAAUCUUAGGUUAUAUUCCUACAUAUUCCUCUUAGGGAUCGACUGGUUGUGUCUAUUUAUUGUUCAGUAUAUUGUAGCACACCUUGAAUGUUAAUGUAUUUCAAUAGGACGGAAAACACGAAUCCGGGACUGCAAGUCAGGACACAA